AUGUUAAUCAACAAUUUAAAGUUAAUCAAUUUUUCUUUUGAAAAACAAUCAAAUCAACAAAAUAUAUCUAAAAGUAUAAAUAAUAAUUCAAAUCAAAGUUUAAAUCAAGUUUCAGCUGCAGCAGCUUCAUUUUCAAAACCAUUCUGGAUAUCUUCUGAUACUAUUUAA